AUGGAUGCAACUACACAAUAUGCUAGUAAUGUGACAUUGAUAAACGUUACAGAACAGGAGACGAUCAACACGACGUCAUCAAACGUUUCCAGAUGGAAGUUUCCGCCGGUCGGUUACUAUGAAAACACGAGUGCGCUGCUCUGGAGGGUGAUCCCGCCGAUUCUUAUUUAUAUUGGAACGAUCGGAAACGCUCUGACUAUUUUCGUGCUGCUUCGUCAAAAGAAGAUGACCUCAACGGCGGUGUUCCUGUUUGCUCUGGCGCUUUCAGAUACGCUCGUGUUGUUUAGCGCACUUCUGCCAGACUGGCUGUUAAAUACCUGGGGCGUUGACAACAGGAUGCUGAGUAACCCCGGGUGUAAAGCGAUAUACUACCUUGCCUACAGCAGCAUCCACCUCUCCUCGUGGCUGAUCGUGGUCGUCACGCUCGAGAGAACAGCUUGCGUGCUGCUCCCGCAUAAAGUGAGACUUGGCUGUUCCCCACGCAACGCUGGCUUGAUCGUCGUCACCAUUGUGCUAGCCGUUUUCGGAAUUAAUAUAAUACUACUAGUGAUAUUUGAUGUAAAUGAAUACACGGGCUUGACGUGCGAUCCGUCCACGAAGGAUAACUACGACCUAUUUUACUACGUUUAUGGAUGGAUCGACUUCACGUUAACUUUCCCGCUGCUACUCAUUGGCAACGUCAUCAUCGUAGUGCAGCUCGCGCGCUCCCGCUCAAGACGUCAGCGGAUGAUCAUUUCCGGUCAGGCACGCGACACGCGUCCAUUAUCCAUAGUGAUGAUUGCCCUGUGCGUGCUGUUCCUCCUCACGAUUACACCGGUGUCAGUCUGUGCUUUGUACAGCCCCUACCAGGAGGAGAAGCUCCGGGCGCUCGAGUCAGUUGAUCCUUACACGGCCAAGAACGACACCCAGUACUUUUAUUUCCUUUACGAUGUUGCCAUUCUGGUCAGCUACUUCAACGACACCUUCAACUUUGCCAUCUACGUGUUCAGCGGCUUGAGGUUCCGCGCAGAGCUGAGGAGCCUGCUUUGCUGUAAGGCAACACAAGGCACCAGCCUGUUUGGGAGCUAG